ACAAAGAGCGACAUUGUGCAUUGGGCGCAUUUGAUUAUUUACGUUGAUUUGUAAAAUAAAAUUGCAUUUAAGGAGCACAAAUAUGAAGAUUGCCAUUGAAGGAUGCGCCCACGGCGAACUGGAGCGCAUUUAUGAUACAAUUGAAGGUAUCGAAAAAGAGCGCAAUAUCAAAAUCGACUUGCUUCUCUGUUGCGGCGACUUUCAGUCAACCCGUAAUGUUACGGAUUUACAAACGAUGGCUGUUCCACGUAAAUACAUGGACAUGUGUACGUUUUACAAAUAUUACAGUGGAGAGCGUUUGGCGCCAAUUCUCACAAUCUUCAUUGGCGGAAAUCACGAGGCAUCAAACUAUUUACAGGAAUUACCUUACGGCGGUUGGGUUGCUCCAAAUAUCUAUUACCUGGGAUAUGCGGGCGUUGUGAAUGUGAAUGGCAUUCGUAUUGCUGGAAUUAGUGGCAUCUACAAGGGACAUGACUUUUUGCGCGGUCAUCAUGAGUUUCCGCCGUAUACGGAGCAAACGUGUCGCAGCGUCUACCAUGUGCGUCAAUUAGAAGUGUUUCGUUUGCAGCAGCUCUCGGGCAAAGUGGACAUUUUCAUGUCACACGAUUGGCCCAGGGGCAUCCAAGAGUAUGGCAAUAAAGCGCAAUUGCUACGCUUUAAGCCACACUUUGCCGAGGACAUUGGCAGCGGACAACUUGGGAGUCGUCCGCUAGAGGAGCUCCUAAAAGUGGUGCAGCCCACAUAUUGGUUUGCAGCGCAUUUACACUGCAAAUUCGCAGCGCUGGUACAACACAAGAAAAACGCUAGGAGAAAUGAAUAUGCGGAUGAGGAUUCCGCUUCCUCCGAUAGUGAACUGGAGGAGCAUGAUAACGGAGACAGCUUGGAGACGCAUACCCCAGCGGUUACCAAGUUUUUGGCACUAGAUAAAUGUCUGCCCAAGCGACGUUUCCUACAAGUGCUGGACAUGCCAACGAGGGAAGAGGAAACGACUCAAUUAAAGCUGGAAUAUGACCUGGAAUGGCUAACAAUAUUGUACACAACGAAUCAUCUGAUAUCGGUCAAGGAUUACAAUUACUAUUUGCCAGGAAAAAAGGCGGGAUCCAUGGAGGAGCGCUGUAAUUUUACACCAACCACAGAAGAAUUAUCGCAUAUAAGCAACAAAUUCAGUAAUCUUGAGGUGCCGUUGAACUUUUGCCGCACUGCGUCCACAUUUGAUCCCGUUGAGCAACAGAAUUUUAAGCACUUGUAUGUGGAACAACCAAAAGCACAACUGAAUCCACAGUGCACGGAAUUUUGUGCACUAUUAGGCAUUGAUGAUCCACUAUGCUUGGCCAUGCUGGCUAAUGGCAAGCAACUACCUCAGACUUUCAGCUUUAAGCAGAGUCCAGCAAAGAUCAAUACUCCAAAUACCACCGUGGUUGAGUCCACAGAACCCGUAGCCGUAUUGGCCACAUCCAAAAGAAAAUUAAAUUUAAUGCUCCCAGCUCUGAAAGUGUCUGAACUGGAAAAAAACGUAAUUGAGCUGCCAGUUGAGCAGGAGGCAGAUGAAAAACCAUCAAUUGUCCCAGUUACACAGGACGCCAAGGAGGAGAUUGCUCCUAUUUGUGUCAGUCCAAAUCUGAAAAAGCUCAAGAGGAGAAAUCAAAGCAUUUAUCAAUCUGAAGAUAAUGGCGAGAUUAUCUGAGAUCUCCUAAAAAGAUGCCGAACAAUAUUACUCAGGCCCGGUUUUUCAAAGCAACGGCCGUGUCGAUUGAGCCAUAUCCGACUGUCUGUCCGUCUGUUUGAACGCUUCGAUCUCAGAAACCAUAAGAGCUAGAGACUUUAAACUUGGUAUGGUUCCUGGAUCAAGUUUGUUUUUACUUUUGGAUCGGACCACUGUAUCUUACUUAUCUUGAUUUCUUAGUUUUCGCAAUUCCUUAAAAAAAUGCUCGGAAUUCGUAUAAAGUACCACAAUCUAAAGAUUAACUACAAAUUGAUAAUAAUAAAUUGUACAGUAUCUCUCACUUUUUAUCUGUAUACUUGAGUCGAAAAAUUAUUACAAAACAAAAGGCAAUUUUAUUAAAUUUAAAAAUAACACAGAAAACGCUUGA